CUUGCUUGCACGGAAGAAGAAGAAGAAGAGGAGGAGGAGGAGGAGGAGGAAGGAUUGGUGAAUAAGGGCGAAGAGUUCGUUUUCUUCCUCCUAGUCUGCCCGCUCCCCUCCCUUCUUCUCUAAAGGAGGUAAAAAUUCAAUCUUGGUUGCCGCCGAGGAAUUUGACCUCGAUCAGUCGAUAAAGCCGUCUGUUCGGAGGAUAAUUUCUGAGCUUGCUUGUGAUGGGGUUCGAGGAGGGGAUAGGGAAGGAGAGAGGGGGCGUCGGUAUGGGGUUCCAGUUCCUGACGAGGCGCAAGCAGGUGGAUUCUAAACGCGCGAGGGCGGACGUGGGGCACCAGCUCGCCAAAGCAUUGUCGGUGUCGCAGCUUGUGGCCAUAGGUGUUGGCACAACAAUAGGUGCUGGAGUUUAUGUUCUUGUUGGAACUGUUGCCAGAGAACAUACUGGGCCAGCACUCACCAUCUCUUUUCUGAUAGCUGGGAUAGCAGCUGCUCUUUCAGCUUUCUGCUAUGCGGAGCUUGCGAGCCGAUGCCCUUCUGCAGGAAGCGCCUAUCACUAUUCCUACAUUUGUGUUGGAGAAGGGGUUGCUUGGAUAAUUGGUUGGGCUCUAAUUCUUGAAUACACAAUUGGAGGGUCAGCAGUUGCACGUGGAAUAUCACCAAAUUUGGCAUUGGUUUUUGGAGGACCUGAAAGUCUGCCUUCAUAUUUACAACGAAUUCAUAUUCCAGGGAUUGAUAUUAUUGUGGAUCCAUGUGCUGCUAUUCUUGUACUGUUUGUAACUGGAUUGCUCUGUUUGGGGAUAAAGGAGAGCACAUUUAUACAGGCAAUCAUCACGGCAUUAAAUGUCUGUGUCUUAUUAUUUGUCAUUAUUGCUGGUGGCUAUAUUGGUUUCAAGACUGGAUGGGUUGGGUAUACUGUAUCUGGCGGAUAUUUCCCUUAUGGGAUAAAUGGAGUUCUUGCUGGUUCAGCAACUGUGUUCUUUGCGUAUAUAGGGUUUGAUUCUGUUGCUAGCACUGCUGAAGAGGUUAAGAAUCCUCAAAGAGAUUUGCCAUUAGGAAUAGCAACUGCUUUAUCUGUAUGUUGCUUAUUGUAUAUGGCAGUUUCUGCUGUGGUUGUUGGCUUGGUUCCAUAUUUUGCUAUGGACCCCGACACUCCAAUAUCAUCUGCAUUUACUAGGAAUGAUGUUCAAUGGGCAGUAUACUUAGUCACAUCAGGUGCAAUUCUUGCACUUUGCUCAGCUUUGAUGGGUUCACUUCUCCCGCAGCCUAGAAUACUGAUGGCAAUGGCUAGAGAUGGAUUGCUACCAUCAUUUUUCUCUGAUGUUAACGAGCGCACACAAGUUCCUGUCAAGAGCACAAUUCUAACUGGAAUCUUUGCUGCUUCCCUAGCAUUCUUUAUGGACGUUUCACAACUAGCUGGAAUGGUCAGUGUUGGCACACUGCUUGCAUUUACCAUAGUCGCAGUUUCGAUUUUGAUACUGAGAUAUGUUCCUCCACGUGAGGUCCCACUGCCAGCAUCUCUCCAUGAAUCAAUUGAGUCAGUUUCUUUCCGCUAUAGCAGUAAUCAACGCCACGAUGAUGGUACAUCACAAGCAAUUCCUAAGGAAUCAGCUGACUCUCCUCUUAUCGUGAAGGAAAUUAACAAAGAGAAUUUGAGUGAAACAACUAGGCGUCAGAGAGCAGCUUGGAGCAUAGCAUCGGUUUGUGUUGGAGUGCUGAUCCUCACCACAUCAGCUUCUUAUUCAUUUUUACCCAGUGUCCUACGCUAUACCACAUGUUCUGCUGGAGGUUUGCUUCUCGUGGUUGGUUUGUCUGUGCUGUCCUGGAUAGAUCAAGACGAUGCUCGCCAUACCUUCGGGCACACGGGAGGUUUCAUUUGUCCCUUUGUCCCAUUUCUCCCCAUUUGUUGCAUCCUUGUUAAUGCUUAUCUACUGGUAAAUCUCGGUGCUGGGACAUGGUUUCGUGUUUCGCUGUGGUUGCUUCUUGGAGUGUUUGUAUACUUGUUCUACGGACGAACACACAGCUCGCUAACUGACGUAGUAUACGUCCCCACGGCGCAUGUCGAAGAAAUAUACAGAACCUCAGAAUCCGUAGCUUAGAUGCCAUCACACAGUCGUGUACCAAUUCAAUGCAUCCUUAUUUAUUUCAUCACGGCACGCAAACAGUCCUCGCAAUGUUCGUGUGCCGGAGCUGGUGUUGUAAACAAAUGUACCGCUGUCUUACGAGCAAGUAAAUAAUAUGAAAAAGAAUGCAUGGAGAUGAAUUUUA